CAUCCACCUGCAAUUCAAAGCACACCCCACAGUUCUUCCCUAACCUUUACCAAAGACCGAGCCCCCCCGUUACGCUGGUGGUGCCCACAGCACCCUCAUCUCCCAAGCCCACCUCCCCGGCAGCGCGGCCCCGGGCCCCUCCGGGGGUGUCCGUGCGGGGCUGCGGGCGGCCCCCCCGGCUCCAGCCCAACCCCUGGGCCCCGAGCAGGCCGCGGCCAGGGCCCUUUUCCUUGACCCCCCCCCCCCCCCGCCCGGAGGAUGAAGCAGGCGGGGACGGCGCAGUCCGGCCGCCCCUCGCCGCUGCCGGGCGCGCUGUGGGGGUCCCCGCCGCAGGCGCUGGGGGACGACACCGAAGACGUGUCGCUGGACUUGGGCGGCGAGGAGGAGUUGGCGCUGCGGAAAGCCCAAAUCAGGCACCCACUGGCUACCUUUUUCCACCUGUUUUUCCGAGUGAGUGCUAUUAUUACCUACUUGUUCUGUGACUGGUUCAGCAACAGCUUUGUUGCCUGUUUUGUCACAAUUCUCCUCCUUCUAUCCUUUGACUUCUGGUCAGUUAAGAAUGUGACAGGAAGACUCCUGGUUGGUUUACGUUGGUGGAACCAGAUUGAUGAAGACGGAACAAGCCACUGGGUAUUUGAAGCAAGAAGGGUGUCUAUGAUAGCUGCCUCAACUGAAGCUGAAGCUCGAAUCUUUUGGCUUGGCCUCAUUAUCUGUCCCGUCAUUUGGACUGUAUUUUUCUUCAGCACCUUGUUUUCACUGAAGCUGAAAUGGCUGGCUCUUGUGAUAGCUGGGAUUUCCCUUCAAACUGCUAAUUUAUAUGGAUACAUCCACUGCAAAUUAGAGGGACAAAAAAGCAUCGGCAGAAUAACUUCAAGAUUUUUUGUCACAGCAGAUGUUCCCAAGAGACAGACAAGAAUUUCAGAUGACUGCAUUGAAGAACAUGGAAAGACGGGCACUAGAUAGUCAUUUAAGGAAAUAAUAAAAAGACAACCGGCUUAAGAUCUAGUAGAAGAAAAAAAAUCUUGCAGCAAGUUCACAGUGCACUUGUGUGGAGCAGCCACAGUUAAGUAAUUAAAAUAUAUUUAUUUUAUUCAAUACCUGUAAUAAAAUAUUGUAUUUAUGCUGUGAUCAUAGCUGCCUAAACUCCAGCAGGUUUUUAUUUUAAAACUGAUGCCAAUAAUAAAAAAAAAAAAGACAUAACUUCAACAAUUCUACUCAAAAUAUAGAUCUUUUACACUGAAAGAAAAAAAUACUUAUGGGAUGUUUUGCAGUAAGAAUGUGGGCAUUACAAUUAAUCCAAGUGCAGAGGGUAGGGCGAAGCCUACUACACAUGCAUAUUAGAUUCUUCAGAUACAACAUCCCAACAUCAGUGAAAUGUAUUUUAUGUUCAACUUUGUGAACAGAAUCUUGCAUACAGAUGUUUUCAAAAGUCAACUUCAUAUUCACGUUAUUAGUAUGGUGACAUUGAAUUCAGAUUACACCUUUGUAACACAGAUGUACGUUUUUGUUUGUUUGUUUGUUUUGUUUUGUUUUAAACUUUAUAGCAAGCUUUGAGAUGCCUGUGAACUUCAAGGAAAUUGAAGUUCAAUUAUGGAAAUAAAAGCCUAGGGCAAAGACAUUAAUAAUAAGAAUUUAUUUGCAAAAUACAAAAAGAAUACAUUCCUUCUAUUAAAUCAAGGCAUAAGUUACUUUUCUAUAAUUACACAUGAAAUACAUUUUUACUUCACUCAUAGUUAGAUAAUCUUUUCUUCUUGAGUAUGUUGUAGAUCACAGUAUUCCUGAAUCCCUGGAGAGACAAGGGAGAAAGUAAUACAGAUAACACCUCAGUUGCAUAUCAGGCAUCAGCCUGUCUCCUAUCAGUACAAAUAUCACAGUUUAGGCCUUAAUCAGCACUAAAUGACCUUAGGAAUGUCCCCAGCUGUUGGUAUUUAAAAAACUGUGUGUCAUCUGCUCUUAA